UCAUUUGACAACAUUUCCAAAAAAUGGAAAAGGGCAUGCUACACUUCUGACAUCUCAGAAUCUGAAAAUUCUAUAAAAAGAAUUCACAAAAAGAAAACAUUCUCAUCAGAUGAUGAGCUUCAUGAUACCCCCAACAAAAAAAUGAAAAUUAAUAGAGAGAAAGCUCCACCUACACCAAAAAUCCAGCCCGCACCAAAAGUUCUGCCUGCACCAAAAGCUCCAACACCUCUAAAACACAUCAAGACAAAAGGUCCUGUUGUACGACCUCUGCUUACAACAAGCAAAGCAGUGAACUCUUUCAGCAAUUCACUUGUUAGUCACCACCAAAGGGCCAUGGAGAAGCCACAGCAGGCACGUUUUGAGACUUUCCCCAGCUGUCAAGCUCCAGAUAUUCACAUGAGCUUCUCCCAGGCAGAUGAGCCACAAGAUACUUGGGGUGAACACUCACCUGACAUUCAAGAGAAUGCAUUUUCUGUGCUGAGACCUUCAAGUUCCAAGCAAGAAAGAACACAGCCUCAUUUCAGAGAGAGCUUCUCUCAUGCAGACCGCCAGCUGGAAACUUGGGAAGAACACCCAUCUAUCACUCAAGCUGUUCCAGUGAGCUUGUCCAAUGAAAAUGAGCAAGAGGAUGCUUGGGGUGAACACCCAUCUAACUUUCAAGAGAACACAAUCUCUGAACAGAGACCCUCAAGUACCUACCAGGCAAGAACAAAUAGUGCUUUUGGUGUGAGACGAUGGAGCUGCAUCACUAAUCAAUGUACACCUGUUGAGAGGACAAUUCUGGAGGCACUUAACGAACUGGACAUGAAGAUCAAUCAUCUGACUUCAGUGGUCCAGUCUCUUGCAGCUAACAGACGUUCCAGUGCUCCAGUGCUGCUGGUGGACAGCGAGGAUGAUGUCUUUCCUCUCACAACCAUGGAGGAACUAGACAAACUGGAAAGACAAUUAUCAGAAAAAGAAAUGAUGCAAAAGAUGGUAAAAAUCAUUGACAUUUGAAGGUUUAACAGUUGUAGUGAAGUAAAUAAUGUCUAUUAUAUAACCGGUUUCACAGACCAGGCUUAAGGCUAGUCCCAGACUAAAAUGCAUGUGUGAGCUGUCUUAACUGAAAAUAACUUGCAAUGACAUUCCUUACAAUAUGUCAGUGCCAUUGUUUCAUCUCAAGAUGCACACAUGCAGCAUUUUUAUAAAAGCAAAACUAGGACCUAUAGUCCUGACUUAAACUAAUCCCUGUUCUGAGCUCAGUAGUAACUGACUAUAUGUAAUCUGGAUUGCGUAAACAGAUUCUAGUAAAUAAAGAACUUGUAAUUAGAUUAAUUUUUUUUUUAUAAAACUCAUAAUCAGACUACAGUUACUUUUUUAUGGAUUACAUGAUUAAAUAAUAUUUACAAAAUAGCAAUAGAUUAUUCUGAAUUUAAUUUCCUAAUUCCUCUUUUUUAUCUUUUAAAUUUUCCUUUCUAAAAUAGCAGGCUGCUUAUAUACAUUCAGAAAGUCUUCAGGUUUUCUGGACAUUCACACAGAGAUCCGUCAUUAGUCAGG